CUUCUAUUACGUCACAGUGUUGCUCCGCCCGCCGCCAUUUUGUCGGCUCGGACCGGGAGCGGCGGCCAAGCGAGGCCGAGGCUCGGGGCCCAGCGGGGGUGAGGAGCUGGGAGCGGCGACCAAGCGAGGCCGAGGCUCGGGGCCCAGCGGGGGUGAGGAGCCGAGAGUGGCACCAGUACCGGGGGAGAGCCCGGUCCGGUCGGUCGGUGAUAGGCUGAGCGCCCGGAGAUGUGAGAUGUCAGCGCCCAACACCCUCCAGAAAGCAAUUGAUCUUGUAACUAAAGCCACAGAAGAAGACAAGGCUAAGAAUUACGACGAGGCAUUGAGACUGUAUCAACAUGCAGUAGAGUACUUCUUACAUGCCAUUAAAUAUGAGGCUCAUGGAGAAAAGGCGAAGGAGAGUAUUCGAGCGAAAUGUGUUCAAUACUUGGACAGAGCAGAGAAAUUGAAGGAGUAUUUAAAAAACAAAGAUAAGCAUGGCAAAAAGCCAGUGAAAGAAUCACAGCAAAAUGACAAGGGGAGUGACAGCGACAGUGAAGGAGAGAAUCCAGAGAAGAAGAAACUGCAAGAGCAACUAAUGGGUGCUAUUGUGAUGGAGAAGCCCAAUGUGCGAUGGAAUGAUGUGGCAGGGUUGGAAGUGGCGAAAGAGGCAUUGAAGGAAGCAGUGAUAUUGCCCAUCAAAUUCCCUCACCUCUUCACUGGUAAAAGAACACCUUGGCGUGGGAUCUUGCUGUUCGGCCCUCCAGGUACAGGAAAAUCCUACCUGGCCAAAGCUGUAGCAACAGAGGCUAAUAACUCCACAUUCUUCUCUGUGUCUUCAUCUGACCUCAUGUCCAAAUGGUUAGGAGAAAGUGAAAAGCUUGUGAAGAAUCUGUUUGAGUUGGCUCGACAGCAUAAACCUUCCAUCAUAUUUAUUGAUGAGGUUGAUUCCCUUUGUGGAUCCAGGAACGAGAAUGAGAGUGAAGCUGCCAGACGCAUCAAAACAGAAUUUCUGGUCCAGAUGCAAGGUGUUGGGAAUAGCAGUGAUGGAAUCUUGGUUCUGGGAGCGACAAACAUCCCGUGGGUGCUGGAUUCUGCCAUUCGAAGGAGGUUUGAGAAACGGAUUUAUAUCCCAUUACCAGAGGAGCCAGCAAGAGUCCACAUGUUUAAGAUACACCUGGGCACAACCCCACACUGCCUCACAGAGGCUGACUUCAGGGAACUUGGCAGGAAAACAGAAGGAUAUUCUGGAGCAGACAUCUGUAUCAUUGUACGCGAUGCAUUAAUGCAGCCAGUGCGGAAAGUGCAAUCAGCAACCCAUUUUAAAAAGAUGAGAGGUCCCUCCAGGACAACCCCAAGUGUGGUGGUAGAUGACCUUUUGACGCCCUGUUCCCCUGGGGACCCAGCUGCCAUUGAGAUGACCUGGGUGGAUGUUCCCAGUGAUAAGCUGCUGGAGCCUGUGGUUUGCAUGGCUGACAUGCUCCGUUCACUGGCAACCACUCGGCCUACCGUCAAUGCUGAGGAUCUUCACAAGGUGAAGAAAUUUACAGAAGAUUUUGGGCAGGAAGGCUGAAUCUUCACUUAAACUGAAUCUUCCAGUUGAUUCCUACUCCUGAAACCGAGCAGAAUUGUCUGCCCGAGAGUGAAACUAGCUUCAGGUGCAAUUGCCACAAGAUUGGGAGGGAGGGGGUCUCGCAGUUGCUGCCACUUCACCAGCCGACUUCAGCAGCUGAUGUGUGUUUGUUUUGUUGAAGACACGGUGCCGUUCAUUGGUUUCAGGCAGCAAAAUCCCUGCAUGCCCUUCACAUUACAAAGCUCAGAAAUAUCCUUUGUACCUACCUUUUCCCAAUUCUGUAAAGAUUCUGAAAUUUUCUUUUAUUAAAUGAUUGAGAGCCUUAAAACAA